UGAGUACAUUUACGGCGUGCGCCAUCUAAUCCCCAAAAUGUCCUGUCCUCAACAGCCCUGCUCAGCUCUUGGAGAUUCAAGGUUGUGGUUUCCUGGAUGGAGUCAGUGCAUCUCGUAUUUGGUCCUCCUCUUUUCCUGCCGCUUUCCACCUUUCCCAGCAUCAGUGUGCUUUUUCCGGACAAUCCUACCUUCUCACAACGUGCCCAUAGUAGGACAGCCUCAGUUACAACACGUUUGCCUCCAGAGAGAGUUCAGACUUGAUUCGAUCCAGGAUCCACUUUGUUCAUCUUUGGUGGAAGUCCAGGAUUUCCUCAAAGCUCUCCUUCGGCACCGCAUUUCGAACGAACCAAUAUUGUCCUGUCGCUUUUCUUUACCAUCCAGCUUUCACACCCGCGCAGGGUGAUUGGGUAACAUAAUUCUGGACGGCAUAGCUUCCAUCAAAGCACAUCUCCCUCUCUUAUGUUGUCUUUUCUCGCACUCGGUGUCUUUCUUGCUUCUGGGAAAUGUUUCCAUCGAUUUCUUUCUCCCCAAGCUGAUGCCCGCGAUGCGCUUUCCCCGUGGCUUGGCCCGGACGACUCAGAAACCCAUCUCGCAGGCCGGGCGGGCGGGCAGUCCCAGUUGCUUUCCAAUUUGGCAGGUUUCUGGUUAGCACACGCCUUCUUCCUUUGCACAGGAUUUUAGAGGUGGAGAAUAAGAGGAAAUUGUUAGUGACGAUAGCUUGGAACGACCCAGCCCAUCUGUGUGGGAGGGAGGUACAUGGCUGGGGUUCACCUCCGGCUUAUGCUCAGGGCGUUUGCGAGCUUGGGUGUUGGGAGCUGCCGCUGGAACGGGUGUGCGCGCCGGCUUGCCGAGGUGUAUGCUGGCUGGUCCUCCCGUCGUGCAGGGAUAGGCUUUUUCUCCAUUUUGCGGGACCUGCCGCUCCUGUUUCUGAAGGAGAGGCCGGGACCCCCGAGAGGACGAUGCCGGUGAGGAAGUGGGAGAGGCACCUCCGUGCCAAGCGAAGGUGACCACGGAAGGGCUUGUCCACUUUACCUGGGAGUCUGAAGGGCUUUGAAGUCCGCAGGUGGAGGCAGAAAGGAUAUUUUUGCUUAUUCGGAAGCCGAGCGUGCCCUGGCUUGUUACCCUCGGUUAACGUGUGUUGCGUUGGGAAAUCCUGAAUCUAACCAGAUUAUCUCGCAUGCUGAGGAGCUGUGGAUUUAUGGAGGGGCCUGGCCGCACCUUUGAGCCUUGCCACGCGCAACAUCCCGCCCGUUGAAUCGAGACCGCCGCAGCCCCGCCAGAAGCCGGCACCGCCAACCCUGGGGGCUUCACCAUUCCGAUCUUCCCUGUAUGGCUCUUGCAGCCGAAGGAGGACUUCCGCCGGCUGCCACCCCGGCCUGACCUGCGUCGGGCUCCCACCGCUGCGCCGAAACCUUACACACAUCCAGAUGGGGUAACGUGACGGCGCAAGAGCGACGCCGCCGGUGGGGUUAACUGAAUGCAGAGGCCUUUCUAAAGAGGAGAGCUCAGAAGGGAAGCCGAACGACGCCGAACGACAACGACGACACCUUCUAAUUACACACACGCAGAAUUUUUUUUUACUCCACAUCAACAACUGCAGGGUUUCGUGUUUUUUUUAAUUGGAUGCUUCAGAGAAUCCCACCUACACGUUCACCAUAACACUGGGAGUUUUUGCACAAUUUGUGUUCAUUGGAGGAAAAGGAAAUACCAUCUUUUGCUGAACGCCCGCCCGCCCACCAGGGUUAUUUUUGAUUGCCUUUUUUUUUUUUGCCCUGCUGUUCUUUCUCUUCAGGGUGUCUGUGUGUGUGUUUUGUUUUCACUUCGACCUCCCCUCCCGUCCAUCUUAAUUUUUUUUCCCUCGCCCCCAUCAUGGCUCGUAUGAACAGGCCUGCGCCCGUGGAGGUCUGCUACAAAAACAUGCGAUUUCUCAUCACCCACAAUCCUACCAAUGCCACGCUGAAUACCUUCAUUGAGGACCUGAAGAAGUACGGUGCAACCACAGUAGUGAGAGUAUGUGAAAUAACCUAUGAUAAGACUCCGCUGGAGAAAGAUGGCAUUACAGUGAUGGACUGGCCGUUUGACGAUGGAGCGCCACCACCCACCAAGAUUGUGGACGACUGGCUCAACCUGCUGAAGACCAAGUUCUGUGAAGACCCUGGCUGCUGCGUGGCUGUUCAUUGCGUGGCUGGCCUGGGGCGGGCUCCUGUCCUUGUCGCGUUGGCCCUGAUCGAGAGCGGGAUGAAAUAUGAAGAUGCCAUUCAGUUCAUUAGACAGAAACGCCGGGGAGCCAUCAACAGCAAGCAGCUGACGUACCUGGAGAAGUACCGUCCGAAACAGCGGCUCCGAUUCAAGGACCCUCAGAACCAUAAGAACAAGUGCUGCAUCAUGUCCCUUGACAACCCAUCAUGGCGCAUCAUGUCUUCAGGCUUUGAAUUGACAGGCUCAGCCAACCAGAGACAUACCAGCAUUUUUAAUAGCCUUAUAGUGUGGAAAUCUUGAAUUUAAAAAUAAAAGCCUGUGUGUGUAUCCUUGAGCUGGAAGGACUUUUGGGCGGGGGGGGGGGUCACGAAAGAUGUAAUAACAAAAAAAAAAAUUUGUAAUGCCUUCCUGCUUUGUGUUGGUGAUCUUUUUUCGCUCCCCUCUUCCCAACUUGUAGAGCAAAACUGACUGUUCUGUUGUCGUUUUUCAGACCUCUGUGCUCUGAAAAUGCAAAUUCGGGGGAAUUUUGGACCUCAAAACCUCUUGGCCACCCUUCAUUUUGUUCCGAUGUGGUUUGUAACACUGUCCAGGAAUGUGAAACAUGCACUUUGUGGAAGCAAAGACAGCUAGCUGGUCCCUCUAAUUAGGAUUCGGGAUGAUGUUCGUUAGGAUUUCCUGAAACUUUUCUUUUGUUAAGGCAACUCAGUGAAAUAUUGUUCAGUGAUGUCUGGGUCUUGGGGGGG